AUGCCGAUGUCGGAUGAACAAUGGUUUACUAAAUCUCAAGCAUUCCAUUAUACUCGAAAUGAAUUAUCCAAUCAAAAUAGCUAUAAUAGCGAUAUCUCAGGGUCACAAAAAGAUUACGAAGAUCCUGAAUAUUAUUAUUCGAGACCGCCUGAUCAUCCUCAGAAACAAAUACCACCACCAUUGCCGCCGAUGAAUUCACUGCAAAAAAUUAUUCCGACGCAUCUUGUCAUAGAACACAAACAGGGAAGUGGGUAUAAUUCAAAGUUGAUAUCAUUGGGAUGCUUGCUGGUUACAGUAACAAUACUGUUCAUCCUAUCGUUAGUAUAUUUUCUGGCCUGGAACUCAAAAAAAGACGCUAAUUUCAAAAAUACGCCACAGUUCAUAAUUCCUGAAAUCCAAGAUAAUCAUUUUACUGAAAGUAUGUAUAGCAGUUCUGAUACAAACGUAAUAAAAUCAAAAGUGAACAUCGAUAUUAUGGCAACUUUCCUGCUUACGUUAUUAAUUACAAAACGGAAAUUAUGCUUAUUUGAAGCAGGUACUGAUCGAAGUGACGAAUCAAAAAAAGAAUAUCGUGAGGAACACAUUGAAUCGGCACGUCUCCUGCAAUUUGCAAAUCUGAGUGUUAGCGGUACACCUGUUCAUCCAAUUCAAUUUCAACGAUAUGUUAGAAGUUUAGGCGUAGAUGCUGAUUGUUAUGUGAUUAUUUAUGAUCGUGGAGAAGUUGUCUGGGCCACACAUGCUUUCUGGAUCUUUACGCUCUUUGGGCAUCAGAAAGUUUCAUUGUAUUCUGGUGGCAUUAAUGAAUGGAGGAAAUUGAAAAAAAAUUCGGCACAAUAUAGGACGGAGGGUGGUGAUGGCACAUACCCGCAACGUAGUGGUCAUUUUCGAGCUAAAUGGAAUACCGCUGUAAUUUGUACAUUUGAUGAUGUUCUCACAAAUACGGAAUUGAGAACGUGUGAUUUGGUCGAUGGACAAGAUCGUGAACAAUAUGAUGGUAUUUCAUCGGAUGCAAUAUAUGGUCAUAUUCGAUCAGCAAUUAAUAUUCCAUCAACAGAUAUUUAUGAUUGGCAUAGACAUAAAUGGCACGAUGAAUUGGAUCUCAAAUCUCAACUUCGUUCAAGAAAGCUCAACGUAAAUCGAUCAGUGAUCAUAUAUUCAUCAUCGACUAUUCGUUCCAGCUUAACAUGGUUUGCACUUAAGAAGUGUGGCUAUAAUUCAAGUAUUUAUUUUGGCUCCUGGUCUGAGUGGCUUAUACGAGCACCUGAAUUCCUCAAAGUUAUGCCAAAGAAAAAAUUAUAA